UAGCGGCGCAAUUUCCGAGGGUACCGUGAAUGCAUCAGGAGUCUGCUGUCCGCCAUGGCGCUGUUUGCUCUGUUUGAUUAAUCAUCCGCAUAUUUACUCUCGUCUUUUUUAUUUAAUCACAUUUAUGCAGCUGGACCGCCCACAUAACAAACAACGAAGAUGACGUCUAAAAUUAAAGUUGGAAAGGUCGGCUCUAAGAAUAAGGAGGAUGCUCCGUAUGAGUUGGAGAGCCAGUUUGUCCUGAGGCUUCCUUUGGAGUACGCCUCGACUGUAAGAAGGAUUGCCCAGUCUAGCAGUAUGAACAUGAAAGACAGACUCACCAUCGAGUUGCACCCUGAUGGUCGUCAUGGCAUAGUGAGAGUUGACCGCGUCCCUUUGGCCUGCAAACUGGUGGAUCUGCCCUGUAUGAUUGAGUCUCUGAAAACGGUAGACAAGAAGACGUUUUACAAGACUGCUGAUGUGUGCCAGAUGCUGGUAUGUACACUAGAUGGAGACCUUUACCCUCCUUUAGAGGAGCCAACUGGCACCGACCCCAAGAGCAAGAAGAAGGACAAAGACAAGGACAAGAAAUUUGUUUGGAACCACGGCAUCACCUGCCCUCUGAAGAACACACGCAAGAGAAGAUUUCGGAAGACGGCGAAAAAGAAGUACAUUGAAUCUCCUGAUGUGGAAAAGGAGGUGAAGAGACUGCUGAGCACAGACGCCGAAGCUGUCAGUGUCCGGUGGGAAAUCAUAGCGGAGGAUGAGUCCAAGGAAGCAGAUCAGCACAGCUCUCUGGCCAACCUAGACUCCUCACCCGGCACCUCAGGACACAAGAUGGGUCACGGCCCAUCUGCCCAGCGUGACGAACUGAGGGAGAUAUUCAAUGACAUCAGCAGCUCCAGUGAGGACGAGGAGGACGAAGGGGACCGGCACGAGGACGAGGACCUGAAUAUCAUGGACACGGAGGACGAUCUGGUGCGACAGCUCCAAGACAAGCUCAACGAGUCUGAUUCUGCACAGCAUGAAAGUGACAGAAACAACCAGAUAGUUAUGGAGUAUCAGGUGCAGAUCAACAGCGUGAAGGCCAAGCUUCAGGAUACACGCGCCCGAAAGAAACAGCAGGAGGAGCUCAUCAUGAAAGUGGAAAACCAGGCUCUCAAAAACCGCUUCCAAGCGUUGUUGGAUGAGAUUAUUCAGCAGGAGGAGCGAGAGAUGGAGCAGCUGGCCUCCCUGCAGGAGCAGCUGGACUCUCUGAUUGAGAAGUGACCACCAGGGGGCAGCCUCAUGACAUCUUCAGCCACAUAUAAGACGAAGAGGAGGAUGAGGAGAGCCUUCAUCGGAGGAGGGAGUCUUUAUUAGCUGACUUGCUGUGUCAUUCCUUUCAGUUUGUCAUUUUCAUAGAUUGCACAUACAGGAUACUGAUCUGUUUGUUUUUUUUAUUAAGUUGACAAAAUGUGUCAGCUAUUGUAUUUGGUUGGCUUAAACAGUGAAUAUUGUGUCUGUUUUGCCUGUCAUUUUAAAUCUAAAUGUACUCAGUGAAUCUUUACUGCAGCUCACCCUCUUUGUAUUUCAUUACCUGUAUGAAGAAUAAAUCACAGUGAUGCACAAGCGUCAAAGAAAUGG